AUGCCACCGGGAACAGCACCGCAACGCACUCCUCUUCGCCGCAUCUCCCAGGGGUCUCUCUUCCGCCUUUCUCGGUCUGGCGCGUAUCCAGACGCGCCUCAUGGACUCGGAUUUCUCGAGCCCGCGCUUUCCGAGUUGGCGGACGAGAUCGAGGCCCUGAACACGAGCGUGCAGUGUCUCAGGAGCCUCGGCGACGCUCUGGGAACGUUCAACGAGAGCUUCGCGAGCUGGCUGUACGUGAUGAACAUGAACGCGCUCACGGUUGACUGGCCACAGGUGCGAUCCUUCUUUUCCGGACUCGACAGUUCUGAUACUGAUGCGGUCGGAAACGCAGGCCCCGACGGACGCAUCCUACAAACUGGCUGCACAAAGAGCAGAACACAAGAGGAGGAUGCCGCAGCCGCACUGGCAGCUCUUCAGGCAGCUCAAGCCCCUCCACACCGCGAGCCUUCCCCUGAACCGCCCAGUACUGACAAGACGACCCUGAACGCAGACGCUUCGGCAGCCGGGAACGAGACCACCAUGGCAACGACCGCCUCUGCUGGCUCCAAGAUCGCAGUUAAGAAGAAGGGCAAGCCAAAGAUGACGGCGAAGGAGAAGCGCGAACGGUCGCUGUUCGUUGACAAGGUCGUAACCGCGCUGCCGCUAGAGUUCCGCGGGAGCGACCCGAAUUUGCGCCGAAACGUCGAGACGGUGAUCGAAGGAUUCUUGGAUCGGCCGGAGAGGGGGCUUGGCAAGCUGGUCAAACCACCAGAUCUUACACAGGCUCGCGCGAAUAAAUGCCUGAUAGCACUUGUCAACCGGAAGAUCGUGCAAAAGGACAACAGCACCGGUGCUGUUCAAUACCACUGGCACGGACUACCUGCAUGA